CACCGCCACCGCCGCCGCCGCCGCCAUGGCGGAAGUCCAUAGACGUCAGCAUGCUCCGGUUAAAGGAGAAGCCCCCGCGAAAUCCUCCACACACAGAGAUGAGGAGGAGCUGGGGAUGGCGCCGGCCGAAACGCUGACGGUGUUCCUGAAGCUGCUGGCCGCCGCGUUCUACGGCGUGAGCUCCUUCCUCAUCGUAGUGGUCAACAAGAGCGUGCUCACCAACUACAGAUUUCCGUCCUCGCUAUGUGUUGGACUUGGCCAGAUGGUGGCCACCGUAGCAGUUCUCUGGGUGGGAAAGACACUCAGAGUAGUCAAGUUUCCUGACUUUGACAGAAAUGUACCUCGAAAGACGUUUCCACUACCUCUACUAUAUUUUGGGAACCAAAUCACUGGACUGUUCAGCACAAAGAAACUGAACUUGCCCAUGUUUACAGUUCUGAGAAGGUUCUCUAUUCUGUUUACAAUGUUUGCUGAAGGAGCUCUACUCAAGAAGACUUUCUCCUGGGGUAUUAAGAUGACUGUAUUUGCGAUGAUUAUUGGAGCCUUUGUAGCUGCCAGCUCUGACUUGGCAUUUGAUCUGGAAGGAUAUGUCUUUAUUUUGAUCAACGAUGUUCUGACAGCGGCCAAUGGUGCAUACGUGAAACAGAAGUUAGACUCGAAAGAGCUGGGAAAGUAUGGUCUGCUCUAUUACAAUGCACUGUUGAUGAUUCUGCCCACCCUGGCCAUUGCGUAUUUCACAGGAGAGGCACAAAAGGCGAUGGAGUUUGAGGGCUGGGCGGACACCCUGUUCCUGCUGCAAUUCGCCCUCUCCUGUGUCAUGGGGUUUAUUUUGAUGUACGCUACAGUCCUCUGUACUCAGUAUAAUUCUGCUCUUACCACAACGAUAGUUGGCUGCAUUAAGAAUAUAUUAAUAACUUAUAUUGGAAUGGUCUUUGGUGGAGAUUAUAUUUUCACAUGGACAAAUUUUGUUGGCCUAAAUAUCAGUAUUGCUGGAAGCUUGGUGUAUUCUUACAUCACUUUCACUGAAGAGCAGCUGAGCAAACAGUCAGAGGCCAGUAACAAGCUGGACACUAAGGGGAAAGGGGCAGUAUGACCUCACGGCUCCUCUCCUGAAGACACCGAGGGAGUACUGCUCCUUUGCAAUUGUGCGCCCCUAGGAUUGAUUGCUGCCUUUGAAAAUGUAUUGACUGUAUGUGAACUAUGUUUGAAUUAAUUUAUAGCAGACUGGAAAAAUGUACUGGGUGGGUUUUAAUUUAUUUUUCUUCUCUGACAGUGAAGCAUCAGUGUUUUUGAAGUCUUUCAUUCCAUAGCUUGCUAUCCAGGAGGCCCUGGCAAUAUCUACAAUGUGUUCCAGCUAGGGCUGCCUUCCAGUGGGCUGUCUCUGUGGAGUUUAGUGGAAAUGCGGCUGUGGACUGAAACAACUUCUCCUCCUCCUU